AUGGCCGCUCCGAAGAAAAAGAUUGCCGUCAUGACCUCUGGGGGUGACUCCCCAGGCAUGAAUGGUGUUGUUCGAGCUGUUGUGCGAACAGCUAUCCACAUGGAUUGCGAUGCCUAUGCCGUCUACGAAGGAUACGAGGGCUUGGUGCGAGGAGGCAAUUUCAUCAGGAAGAUGGAAUGGCACGAUGUUCGAGGCUGGCUCUCCGAGGGAGGUACGCUUAUCGGAACUGCUCGCUGCAUGGCUUUCUACGAGCGACCGGGGCGCUUGACGGCCGCCAAAAACAUGGUCCUGAACGGCAUCGACGCCCUGAUUAUCUGCGGAGGAGAUGGCUCACUCACCGGCGCCGACAGAUUCCGGUCCGAAUGGCCGUCAUUGCUGGAGGAGUUGGUGACGAGUGGCGAGCUUUCCGAGGACCAGGUUGCUCCCUACCAGCACCUCAACAUCGUUGGCAUUGUUGGUUCCAUUGACAACGACCUCUCCGGCACCGACGCCACCGUUGGCUGCUACUCCGCGCUGUCACGAAUUUGCGAAAUGGUCGACUACAUUGAGGCUACCGCCUCGUCUCAUUCCCGUGCCUUCGUCAUCGAGGUCAUGGGACGACACUGCGGGUGGCUAGCUCUUUUGGCCGGAGUCGCAACAGGUGCAGACUUUGUCUUCAUCCCUGAGCGUCCUCAAGAGCACGACUGGAGAAAAGACAUGCGUUUGGUUGUCAAUCGACAUCGAAAGCUCGGCAAGCGCAAGACAAUUGUCAUCGUCGCCGAGGGCGCCCGCGAUAAGGACGGCAACAAGAUUGUCCCCGAGGAAAUUAAGGAUCUUCUGGCCGACAAGGCGGAGGGUGGUCUCGGACUUGAUACUCGCAUCACUACUCUGGGUCAUGUCCAGCGCGGAGGUACGGCAGUUGCCUACGACCGCGUGCUCUCUACGCUUCAGGGUGUGGAAGCCGUCCACGCCGUCUUGGAAGCCACCCCCGACACCGAGACUUGCUUCAUUGCCAUGAACGAGAACAAGAUUGUACGCAAGCCGCUGAUGAAGGCUGUCCAAGAAACCAAGGAACUGGCCGAGGCUGUCGAUGCAAAGGACUUUGAGAAGGCCAUGUCGCUGCGUGAUGCCGAGUUUGCCGACCAGUACAAUUCGUACAUUACAACGACCAACGUCAUGAUUGACGACCACAAGCUACCCCAUAAGCACCGCAUGAAGGUUGGCUUCAUCAACGUUGGCGCCCCGGCAGGGGGAAUGAACGCGGCGGUGCGAGCAGCCGUUGCGUACUGUAUCGGUCGAGGACACGAGCCGAUUGCCAUUCAUAACGGAUUUGCAGGCUUUGCGCGUCACCACGACGAUAAGCCCGUGGGCUCUGUCCGACCGUUUGACUGGCUCGAAGUAGAUGGCUGGGCGAGUAAGGGUGGCUCUGAGAUUGGCACGAACCGUGAGCUGCCAGAAGAAUCGGGCAUGGAGCUCAUUGCCAACUUGAUUGAGCAGUAUGAAUUUGAUGCCCUCUUCAUCAUUGGGGGUUUCGAGGCCUUUCACUCUGUGGCCCAACUGCGAAAGCACAGGGACGAGUACCCUUCACUCUGCAUCCCCAUCUGCCUCCUGCCCGCGACCAUCUCCAACAACGUGCCGGGCACCGAAUACUCUCUUGGAUCGGACACGUGCUUGAAUGAGCUCGUGGGUUACUGCGACAAAAUUAAGCAGUCUGCGUCUGCCACUCGUCGACGAGUGUUUGUCAUUGAGACGCAGGGCGGUCGCUGCGGCUACGUUGCCACGCUCAGCGGGCUGAGUGUUGGGGCGUCGGCAGUCUACAUCCCAGAAGAGGGAAUCAGUCUCUCCAUGCUCAACGCGGAUGUCAACCAUCUCAAGGAGGUGUUUAAAAACGACCGUGGGCAGUCCCGCGCGGGUCGUCUCAUCCUGGUCAACGAAAAGGCGAGCAAAGUGUACGAUGCCAAGCUCAUUGCCAACAUUAUCCGCGAGGAAGCCCACGACCGGUUCGAGAGCCGUGAAAGCAUCCCCGGACACGUGCAACAGGGCGGUGUUCCAUCCCCCAUGGACCGCUGCCGGGCGGUUCGGUUGGCCAUCAAGUGCAUCCAGCACCUGGAGGACUUUGGCUGCAACGCCCAUAACCGCGUCAAGAAGGACCCCCACAGCACGUCGGUCAUUGGCAUCCAGGGCUCCGAGGUUGUGUUCACGCCGGUGAAGGCGCUGGAGGAGCAGGGGACGGACUGGCCCAACAGACGGCCCAAGGCUGCCCACUGGCUAGAGGUGCGUGACGUGGUGGACAUGCUGGGCGGUCGGCCUGACUAUCCCAGACCGGAGAAGAGUCUGACGGGGUUGAUUGCCAAAGACACCAAGAGGGGCAUUGCCUGA